GACAAAUGGUAUUUUAAUGUAAAUCCAAGAGGUAAAACCGGAGAUAAGACUAGAAAAAGAUAUUCAAAUUCUGGUCAAACUCCCCCAGAACCAAUUGUUAUUGUUGAGACAGAAGGGACAAGCAAGUUUAAUCAGCCUUCUAUAACAGAAAUUGAACAAGUGUUAUGUCAAGUUUAUAAUAAAGAAACUAUUAAAAAAUUUCAAAAAAAAAGU